CGCUAGCAAGCGUUUCGCGUGUGGGAGAGCAGACGCCUCCCUCUUUAACAACUUUCUCCUGGAUUUGCAGCUUCCUCAACGGCCCUGCACCUUCAGGCUGGAGCCAGACAUUUAAAAAAUGGACCGCGUUACUGACCUUUACUUCAUGGACUUUAGAGAAACGGUUAAAACCCUGAUCAUAACUGGUAAUUCAUGGAGACUACAAGAAAUGAUUGACAGAUUCUUCACAAACAUAUCAAAUUUCAACAGAGAGUCUCUGACUGAAAUACAGAAUAUUCAGAUUGAAGAAAUUGCAGUGAACCUGUGGAACUGGGCAGUUACUAAGAGAAUAGAACUGUCUGUGAGGAAAAACCAGGCAGCUAAACUGUGUUAUAUUGCUUGCAAGCUGGUAUCUACGCAUGGAGUCUCAGUCUCUUCAGAAGAAGCUAUUCAAAGACAGAUUUUGAUGAAUAUGAAAACAGGAAAAGAGUGGUUGCAUAUUGGAAAUGCUCAGAUUGCUGAUGACUUUUUUCGAGCUGCCAUGAUUGAUCUGGAGAGAUUAUAUGUCAGACUAAUGCAGAGCUGCUACACCGAGGCCAACGUGCGUGUGUACAAGAUGAUUGUUGAGAAAGGCAUCUUCCAUGUGCUUUCUUACCAAGCUGAGUCAGCUGUUGCUCAAGGGGAUUUCAAGAAAGCAUCUAUGUGCAUCUUUCGUUGCAAAGAAAUGCUGAUGAGGCUCCCUAAAAUGAUAAAAUAUCUUCAUGUACUCUGUUACAACCUUGGAGUAGAAACAAGCAAACGGAAUAAAUACAGAGAGAGUUCAUUCUGGCUUGGCCAAAGCUAUGAAAUUGGGAAGAUGGAUAGGCGUUCUGUUGAACCACAAAUGCUGGCUAAAACGCUGCGGUUACUAGCCACUAUUUAUUUGAAUUGUGGUGGCGAAGCAUAUUAUAACAAGGCCUUCAUUGCUAUACUUAUUGCAAACAAGGAACAUUUACAUCCAGCUGGGCUUUUCUUAAAGAUGAGGAUCCUCGUGAAAGGCAACUCAUGUAAUGAAGAACUCCUUGAAGCUGCUAAGGAAAUACUAUAUCUUGCUAUGCCUUUGGAAUUCUGUCUGAGCAUUAUUCAAUUCCUGAUAGAUAAUAAAAGAGAGUCUGUUGGGUUUUGCUUUCUGAGAAUCAUCUCUGACCAUUUUAAAUUGCCAGAAGAUAGGAAGAGAAUUCUGUUGUUCUACAUUGACAUGCUUUUACAAAAGGAUCAAGACGUGAUUGCUGAAGAGAAGAUUAAAGAAGUCCUUAAAGGUUACCAAACAAGAGGUCGACUGACAAGAGAUUUAGUAAAUUGGUUACACAACAUUCUGUGGGGAAGAGCUUCCAGAAGUGUUAAGGUCCAAAAAUAUGCUGAUGCCCUACACUGGUACAGUUAUUCUCUGAAGUUGUAUGAGUGUGAUAAAGCAGAUCUGGAUUUGAUCAAGCUGAAGAGGAACAUGGUUUCCUGUUACUUAUCUUUGAAACAACUUGAUAAGGCUAAAGAGGCCAUAGCAGAAGUUGAGCAAAAGGAUCCUACACACGUUUUCACUCGAUAUUAUAUAUUCAAGAUCGCAAUCAUGGAGGGUGAUGCUUUCAGAGCUUUACAGGUCGUCAAUGCUUUAAAGAAAUCAUUAACGGAUGGAGAAUCAGAAGAUCGUGGACUAAUUGAAGCUGGAGUUUCAACUCUCACAAUCCUAAGUUUAUCUAUAGAUUUUGCUCUAGAGAAUGGACAGCAAUUUGUGGCAGAAAAAGCUUUGGAAUAUUUAUGUCAACUUUCAAAAGACCCAAAAGAAGUACUUGGAGGUUUAAAGUGUCUCAUGCGGAUUAUUCUUCCACAAGUUUUUCAUAUGCCAGACUCGGAAUAUAAAAAGAAAGAAAUGGGUAGGCUUUGGAACUACUUGAAUACAGCACUCCUGAAAUUUUCUGAAUAUUUUAAUGAAGCUCCCUCAAUUUCGGAUUAUAUGAUUAAUGAUGCCAAUUGGUUCAGGAAAAUAGCUUGGAACUUAGCUCUGCAAUCUGAGAAGGAUCUAGAGGCAAUGAAAAACUUUUUCAUGGUUUCUUAUAAGCUGUCCCAUUUUUGUCCUUUGGAUCAAGGACUACUGAUUGCACAGAAAACGUGUUUACUUGUAGCAGCUGCAGUUGAUCUGGAUCGAGGAAGAAAAGCUCCAACAACUUGUGAGCAGAACAUGUUACUAAGAACAGCACUUGAGCAGAUAAAGAAAUGCAAAAAAGUUUGGAAUCUCCUGAAAAAAACAGGAGACUUCUCAGGUGAUGACUGUGGGGCAUUGCUUCUGCUCUAUGAAUUUGAAGUUAAAACCAAAACAAAUGAUCCAUCACUGAGCAGCUUUGUGAAUUCAAUUUGGAAGAUGCCUGAUUUAGAAUGCAGAACACUUGAAACAAUCGCAUUACUAGCUAUGGAUAAACCUGCAUACUAUCCUACUAUUGCACAUAAGGCAAUGAAAAGACUUUUAUUGAUGUACAGAAAACAGGAGCCAGUUGAUGUUUUGAAAUACAGCGUAUGCAUGCACAAGUUGAUUAAACUUCUGGUGGCAGAUGAAGUAUGGAAUAUAUCGCUGUAUCCCCUAAAAGAAGUUCGGAGCCAUUUUAAAAAUACUCUAAGCAUCAUUCGCCAAAACGAAGGAUACCCAGAAGAGGAGAUUGUAUGGCUAAUGAUCAAGUCUUGGAAUAUUGGAAUAGUGAUGUCUAGCAAGAACAAGUAUAUAGCUGCAGAAAGGUGGGCUACAAUGGCAUUGGAGUUCCUUGGCCACCUUAGCACCCUCAAAACAAGCUAUGAAGCAAAGGUGAAUCUUCUGUAUGCCAACCUCAUGGACAUAUUGGAUAAAAAGAUGGAUUUAAGAUCUACAGAGAUGACUGAACGAUUAAGAGCACUUAUUGUUCCUCCGGAGGAUCCAGGUUCAGUUUCCACUACCAACGUGGCAGCUCAAAACCAUGUGUAAUUCCAGUUCCAGGGAAUCUGAUACUCUCCUCCGGUCACUGUGGGUACAUGUGAUCAAAGUAAAGAGUGAUUUUACUUUUCAGUGGAGAGUCAUAAUGAUUGAAGGAGGUUGUAGAAAGCAGAC